GACAAGUCAUCUUUCUCAACGCAUCCAUCCUCAAAUAGUCCAGAAUAAGGGCGCAGCAUCAAACACAAUUUACGUGAGAUGGCUUUUCUCUAACCGCAACCGUUUGCAGCUCACUGGCAAAUUGCCGAGGAACUCACCAUUAGCAAUCUUCUAUCGCAGAGCUUGGCCCCCCCCUUCAUGUCUCAGUGGUCAACGGCCCAAUAUUAAAUCGAUGAUCGCCAAUCGAUCAGUUGCUCCUCAUUAUAUAUCAGAUAGAAAAUCAUUACACUCGACCUGUCUUCAUAGUGUACUUCACGAAUCCUCAGAAUGGAUCUCUCCAACGCGCAGUGCCAGCACCUGGUCUCCCCAGACUAUAAGAACUUCAUUCUAUCAAUCUUAAUUGUAUUUGGGAUCCUACUAUCAUACCUCCCCCAGCAUUAUCGGAUCAUCUCCUUAAAGACGUCCUACGGCAUCUCACCGUAUUUUGUCCUUUUGGGAACAACCUCGGGUUCGUCUGCCUUAGCAAACGUGGUAUCUCAACAACAAAGUCUACAAGAUGUAUCCUGUUGCAAGGAUAUCAACGGUCUGGCUUGUUUCGCCGGACUACUAGGCAUCCUUCAGAUUGGGACUCAAUGCCUAUGUUUCUUUACCAUCUUGCUCCUAUUUAUCAUUUAUUUCCCACGAGAUGUAAAUUCAUCAACGUCAGCGUCCAAGACAAGGACUCAAGGCCCAACAUACCGCACCGCCUUGGUUGUAGGCGGCGUCUGUCUAGUCCAUAUCGCCGUCAUGCUGAUAGCCACCGUCACUGUGGGGCUAAAACAACCCUCCUCUCUCCAGUCCUGGUCCAACUUCUGUGGUAUCUUGGCCGCUCUUCUCUCCUCAAUUCAAUACUUUCCUCAGAUCUACACCACCCUCAGACUGCGCUGCGUCGGCAGUCUGAGCAUCCCUAUGAUGUGUAUCCAAACACCAGGCAGUCUGGUUUGGGCGGCCAGUCUCGCGGCCAGACUGGGAACAAAGGGAUGGAGUACUUGGGGCGUAUUGCUUGUCACCGCGACUCUGCAGGGUUCGCUACUAGCAUUAAGCAUCUUCUUCGAAUACCUGGGACCGAACAAGGGACACGGUCAUGGAAAGGACGUAUCUAGAGAGAAUAAUGAGCACGAUGAGCAAGAAUCGCAUCCCUCAGAAGAGACGCCCCUUCUUCAACAUCAAUAAUUAGCCGUGGUAUCAAGGACAUUCGGAUAAGGAUAACUCAUCUAUUUACUGUUCACGCUUUGGAUCUUGGAUUUUGAUGCAUAUGUUUGGGCUAUAGUUUUGUCACACAAGGAAUGU